UUAAGUUACAAGGUUACAAAGCUACAAAGAUAGUAUAGAGUUCCCGUAUGUUCUUCACUCAGAUAAGUUAACAUCUUAUGUGACCACAGCACACUUGUUGGAACUGAGAAAUUAACACCGGUACUUAACAUCAGUACAUGAUGAUUAACUAGACUCCAGACUUUAUUCAGUUUCCUCAGUUUUCUCAUUAACAUUUCCUUUCUGUCCCACGGCCCCAUCCAGAAUCCCACGUUGUGUUUAGUGGACACGUCCCCUUAGGGUCCUCUGGUCUGUGACAGUUUCUCAGUCUUUCCUUGUUUUCUAUGACCUUGACCCUUGACCAUUUUGAGGAGUGCUGGCCUGGUGUUUCAUAGAAUGUCUCUUACUCUGGGUUUGUCUUGUAUUUUCUCAUGAUUAGACAGGAGUACCUUGAUGCCCACCUGACAUCACAGGUGAUGCUAACCUUGAUCCUUUGGUUAAGACUAGGAAUGACAUAUCAAUUUUGAAUACACUGUUUAUGUAAAUAAUUUUAAUGGCUACUGUUUAUUGAGCACUUACUAUGUUGCUAUUGUUUGCUCUAUGACACGAAACUAAAUGUGCUAAUUGCUUUCAUGAGAUAUCUGCCAUUAGGGCCAUUUUCAGCGUCUAGGGUCUAUACUUCGGGAUGGAGCUGGUUUUCAGUUUGACCCCUUUCCAGCUGUAUUGACUUCUGGAAGCCUUAGAGCCUCAGUUUUCUCAUCUGUAAGAAGGAACUAGUCAGAGUUAGUAUGUAAUGGAGUCAUUGGGGAGUCUAAAGGGUCUUGUCCCAGCUAUGAACUCAUAUUGAAACUCUAAGCAGCAAUGUCAAACCUAGCCCAUUAAGAAACCCCACUUGGAAAAAAAUAAAUGAAUAAAAAUUAAAAAUAAAAAAGAAGCCCCACUUGAAAGAACAAGUAGAAACUCCUUGAAAGUAGCAGAAAGCACAAAUGCACGUCAGCGAUGGUGUCUCUCAGCAUAUUAUUUUCUAAGUGCCUUGCUCAGCUGUCUUUUUUUUUAACUUUUUAUUUUGAAGUAGAGAUUUGCAGGAAAUUGCAAAAAAGAAAAAAAGUAGUGGAAGGAGAUUCCAUAUAUCCUUUACCCAGUUUCCCCCGAAGUCAUUGAGUGGGAGAUAGAACGGGGUCUGCUGAGCUUGACAGACGGGCACCAGGGGGCCACUGUCUUCCUGAGAGAGAUCCAGGACCUCAACAAACACAUUCUAGAAGACUGUGCUUUAAAGAUGGUGGACCGGCUCCCAGACGGUUGCCUUGACACAGAUGCCCAGGACCUUCUCAGCAGCCUCAAAGGGCGCAUUGCUGAUGUGCAGCCUGGAGUCCUCAAGGCCCACCACUUGCUAUGGAGCCGUGACCUGGUGAACCCUAAAAACAAGGCUCAUGCUCAGUACCUGAAGGAAUUGGGGGAGCAGUUUGUGGCCAGGGCUAACCACCAGGUCCUCGAGCGCCUCCGGGAGCUGGAAGCGGGCAGGCAGGAGUUGGCAUGGCUCUACCAGGAGAUCCGCCACCACUUGGGGCUGAGUUCCGAGGCCACCAAGACCUUCUGCGGGCGCCAGGAGCUCCUGGCCCAGGUGGGGCAGCGACUCAGGCAAAGUGACAACCACCCCCACACGCCUCUUGUGCUUUUUGGACCCCCGGGCAUUGGAAAGACAGCUUUGAUGUGCAAGCUGGCUGAGCAAAUGCCGGGACUGCUGGGCUGCAAGACGGUGACCGUGCUGAGGCUCCUCGGGAUGUCGCAGAUAAGCCGUGAUGCCCGCAGCCUGCUCCAGAGUAUCUGCUUCCAGGUGUGCCUGGCCUAUGGUCUGCCCCUGCCCCCUGCCCAGGUUCUGGAGGCUCACACCAGGGUGGUCCAGUUUUUCCACACCCUCCUGCACACAGUCUCCUGCAGAAACUUUGAGUCUCUUGUGAUCCUGCUGGAUUCUGUGGAUGAUGUGGACUCCAUCCACCGUGCUCGGAGGAUCCCCUGGCUGCCUCCCAAGUGUCCCCCGAGGGUCCACCUCAUCUUCUCGGUCUGCUCAGGGAAGCGGGGAGUUUUGGACACUGUGCGGCAGAUGAUCAUGGACCUAGAGUCCUACUGGGAGGUGAAACCCCUCUCUAGCCACCAAGGGCAAGAGAUGAUCCAGCUCCUGCUAGAAGCGUCCGGGAGGACACUCAGCCCGGGGCAGAGGGACCUGCUCUGGGCCAGCCUCCCGGAGUGUGGGCACCCUGGGCGGCUGAGUCUGGCCUUUGAGGAGGCCCGGAAAUGGGCCUCCUUCACCAUGCCAGCUCCUCUGGCCUCCACGGCUAAGGAUGCGAUGCACCAGCUGUGUGCCCGCCUGGAGCAGACCCAUGGGCAGCUCCUGGUGGCCCGAGUGUUGGGCUACAUUGUGUCUUCCCGGCACGGGCUGUCUGAGGCUGAGCUGAAGGACAUCCUGUCCUUGGAUGAUGAGGUCCUGCAGGCCGUGUACCAGGACUGGACCCCGCCCAGCAAGGAGCUGCUGCGUUUCCCACCCCUGCUGUGGGUGAGGCUUCGUCGCGACCUGGGAAACUGCUUGGCCAGGCGGCCUGUGGACGGCUUCACACUCCUGACCAUCGCCCAAAGACAGCUGGCCGAGGUGGUCCAAGAGCGCUACUUGUCGGGGCCUGAGAAAGCCAAGAGGCAUGGAGUCUUGGCCGACUUCUUCUUGGGGGCCUGGAGCCAGGGCACCAAGAAACUCAUCACCCUGCCACUGGUGGGGAAACCCCUGAACCUGGACCGCAAGGUGGCUCCCCAGCCCCUGUGGUUCUCGGACACAGUUGCAAACCUACGGAAGCUGAAAGAGUUGCCCCAUCACCUGCUCCACUCAGGCCGCAUCCAGGAGCUGAAGCAGGAGGUUCUGGGCAACAUGAACUGGAUUUGCUGCCGUGGCAUGUCCGGGGGCAUGGAGAGCCUAUUGGACGACUUUGACCUGUGCGCCCCUCACAUGGACUGUCCCGAGGUGGGCCUGAUUCGAGAAGCUCUCCAGCUGUGCUGCCUGGCCGUGGAGCUCCGAGGCAUGGAGAGAAGCAUCCUGUAUACAGAACUCCUGGCCAGGCUCCAUUUCUUCACCACCUCACAUCCUGAACUUGUGGGACAGCUGUGUCAACAGUCCCAGAGCUGGUUCCGGGUGUGCCCACAUCCUGUGCUGGUGCCCCUCGGAGGAUUCCUCCAGCCCCCAGGAGGACCCCUCCGGGCGAUCCUCACUGGCUGUCACAAAGGCAUCACCGCCAUGGAGUGGAGCCUGGAAGAGAAGCUGCUGGUGGUUGGCACCCAGGACGGCAUUGUGGCUGUGUGGGACAUGGAAGAGCAGCAGGUGAUUCACAUCCUAACUGGACACACAGGACAGGUGAGCUGUUUGAAAGUGUUUGCCAAAGGGACACUCGCCAUCUCCGCCUCCAAGGACCGCACAUUGCGUUUGUGGAACUUACUUUCUGGCCAGGAGAAAUUCACUAUUUGGGACAGAGGCGCAAAAGAUCCCACAGAUCCUCCAAUCUGGAGCCUUUAUGUGGACGAAGCAAAGAAGGUUGUGUAUUCUGCAUCUGGUUCAAAGGUCAGUGCUUGGGAUCUGGAAACUGCAGAGCUGGUUUUCCAUAUCCUAGGAGAUGCCUCUGACCCCUGGAUGUUCACGGCAGUGCUGGCUUCCUGGCCCACAUUGCUGACUGUGUCUGAGGGUGGUGUGGUCACUCUGUGGAGCUCAGCCACGGGAAAAGUGCAGGGGAAGCAACGCUUGUCCAGCAUAAAAGAAGAAACACCUACCUGUGGGGUCUCGGUCCAGAAACCAGGAAAGAUCGUUAUUGGGUUCAGCAAGGGUUCCAUCUCUUUGGUUUCCUCUGAAGGAGACAGUCUGCUAGAGAAGCUUCCAGAAGCUGUGAGGUUCCUGGUGGUCUCUGAAGACGAGUCCCUUCUCGCUGCAGGCUUUGGAAGAUCAGUGCGGAUAUUCUUGGCUGACUCACAGGGGUUUCAUCGAUUCAUGGCCACUGACCUUGAACAUGAGGACACAGUGGAGACGGCUGUUUUUGGUGCUGAGAACAACCUGAUCGUCACUGGGUCCCAGGAUGCUCUCAUUCAGGUUUGGAGUCUGUCAGAGCAGGGGAGCCUGCUGGACAUCCUGGAAGGUGUCGGGGCCCCCGUGAGCCUGCUGGCCCGGGGUGGGACCUUGGUGGCAUCUGCUUCCCAACAGUCUUCGUCCUUUAAAGUCUGGGACCUCACUUACAUUCAGAAGCCACGGGCCUCUGCCCCAUUUCUGGACCGUACUGGCCUCACUGCCGUGUCACACAAUGGGAGUUAUGUUUACUUCCCUAAAAUUGGGGACAAAAACAAAAUCACCAUUUGGGAUUUGGCAGAAGGUGAGGAACAAGAUGUCCUGGACACCUCCAAUGAGGUCAGGUGUCUGGAGGUCGCUGAGCAGGCCAAGCUCCUUUUCUCUGGCCUUGUUUCCGGCAUCGUCCUGGUGUUCCCCCUGAAUUCCAGGCAAGAUGUCCUGUGCAUCCCCCCUCCGGAGGCCCGGAAAGCCAUCAACUGCAUGGCCCUGAGUAAGGGUGAGGAGCACCUGGCCAUCGCCUAUGACAGCAUUGUCCUGGUGCUGGACAUCAGUCCUGGGGACCCCUGUCCAGUCAUCGAUGGGCCAACCUACACCUUCUAUACCCAGCUGCCCGAGACCAUAUCCAGUGUGGCCAUUCUAGCCAACUACCGCGUGAUCUACGGCAUGACCAAUGGCGACCUCUUCCUUUAUGAGUGUGCAAAUUCCAAAGUGUUCCCACUGGAGGCCCAUGGGAGCCGGGUAACCUGCGUGGAGGUCAGCCACAAGGAGCAGCUGGCAGUCAGUGGGUCCGAGGAAGCCCUGCUCUGUCUCUGGGACCUGCAGGCAUGCAAGUGGAAAUUCGAGAUGAAUUACAUGAACUCAUACUGUCAAGGAGUCCAGUGUGCUUGCUUCUCCAAGGAUGACAAGUAUGUGUACGCAGGCUUGAGGGAUCGCUCUAUAAUUGUCUGGAGUGUGCUGGACGGCACUCUGCUGGCUGUCCAGUUUGUUCAUGCCCUGGUGAACAGAAUCAUCCCAACUGCCAACGGCUUCAUCGCCCCCACCAGACAUGGCUAUCUCAUCCGUGAACGAUUCCAGUGCCCUUCGUCAAGAGCCUCACAGCAGGAUCCUCUCAAGAACUUCAAGAAGGCAGUGUGGAUGAUCAAAUCAAGGCAGCGAGAAGAGCUGGCUGCUGCUGCAGCUGCAUUGCAGGACUCGGGAUCAGGGAGUGCCCAGGGAAAUGAAUGCAAAUCAAACAAACGCUCACAAGUCUGCCUGAUCGUGUAGAACUGUCCAUGGGGGCACUGGGCUCCAUGAGGUAGCUUCAUUCAAUCUGGCUGAAGCAAAGAGGGUGUAUGUGUUGAUGUAUAUGAAUAUCUGGACCCAAGGCCUCAGAUUAUGUGACCCAGACAUUGCUUCUCACCGUCUUUCCAUUCCUCUCUCCUCCUUAUUGGCUCCAUUUGCAGACCUGCCACCCACAAGUUACCAACAGGGUGGCCAAGUUCAGUAGAAAAGAGAGCUUCCCUUUUCUAACAGUUUGAACCAAAGUCCCAGCCUUGAUUCUAUUGGUCACAGUUGGUUCAUAUGUUCAUCCUAGAACCAAUCUCUGACUCUGGGAGAAUGCAGCACUGUGAUUGGCCAGUCAGAUCCAAUGCCUACCCAGGCUGAGGAUGGAGUCAACACCACCAAACUCUGAGAAUGGGACUGAGAAUGGGAGAGGCUAUUUCCAAGAGGGAAAUUAGGGUGCUGGUACCAGGCAAAAGGGGGAUGGAUGGAUGUGGGACUGACCAAACUACAGAUGUGGACCACAGAGUUUUACAGUUUAUAAAGCACCAGGUACUGUGGUCUGAUCCUUAUCACAACCCAAACUUCAGGGAGGGUGGGAGUUUCUGCCUCCAUUUUACAGAUGAGGUAACUGAGCCUUGCAGACGUAGCUGUGAUUUGCUCAAGUUCAUAGCCCUAGGUGCAAGAACUCUGAGAAACAAGAGCCAGGAGCCUCCUGUCCAACCCUUCUUGGACCACAUCACUCCAAUUUUAGUCUCACAAGCACAACCAUCUAUUCCACAGGUGGCACACUCAAAUGCCCACAGGGGCCAGUGAGUAAUUUGGAUAAUUGCUGUGCACCUGGGUGAGGAGCCAAGAGUGAUGGAGAUGGAGGAAAUGUGGAGGGCACGUGCUCUGUCUCGGGUGGGCAUGGGCACACUGACUCUACCCCCAGAAACUCCAUGGGGAAAGCAGCCCACUUUUGUCAGAGCUUCCUAGUGUCAUUAGCAAAGCCAGAAAUUCAGACUUGUAUGCAAAAUGGUCCCAUGUUUAAAAGUUGGUGAUUGGCUCAAGUAUACAUCUCCAGGCACUUUUGGCCUGUAGCGUCUCUAGUUCAUGAGCUGACUUCAUGACCCAAGCUGGCAUUAAAACAAUAAACUUGUUCGAGUUUUUCCAGCUGUACUCCCUGGCUCUCAUACUUUGAGGAUAAAGAUGCUUUUUUUUAUCUUAAAAACCAGAGGCUCUUGGAAGCAGAUGGAAAGAGCUGCCAACAUCUCCCUGCUGUGCUUUUGAACCGUCUCUGCCCUGUGCAAGCUCAACAGUCCAAUUGUUUCCAUUCCACUUAAACAGGUCUUUCUUCUUUAUGGGCAGUCUUCUAGAAACCCCACUUGCUUCUGCGGCUUUUGCUUUAAGGACAGGAAAGUCCAAACCUUUCAAGUGCUAUUCUUUCUCCCUUCCAUGGAAUUCAGAGUUUCAGAAAAAGUAGCUUUAGAAACAGAAGCUUUUGAGCUGGACAUGACCCUACUGACUGUCUUGUUCAGCCAUUUCUCAAACCAGGGUUCCAAGGAGGGCUUUGGCAGUUCUGCAAAUUAGCACCAAAUUCCAUUUAAAAAAAUAUUUUAAACUGUAAUUUACAAAUGCAUGCUUAGGUGCGUUGGGCAGGAGGUUUUAAGGUGUUGGAGAUAAUUAACUUAGGAUUCUCCUGCCAUCUCCAUUUAACCUAGAUUUCAAGGGGAUCCCUUGAAAAAAUAGCUACUGUGCCACCAUUUCUCUGUGAGUCAGGGAAAAAAGUGGAUGUUGUGACAAAGGAAGAUUUCAGCUACAACUUUUGGUUUAAACAACUUUUUGUGUGUCCAUCUCAACAGCCUAAGUGAGAAUCAAUUGCUUUGUAUGUAAACACUAAAUUGAACAUAGGAAUUUUUACUAAUAAAAUGCUAUUCCAAAUUCUUGCUUAUA